AUGUCAUCAUCCGAAUAUUAUUGUGUACCAGGCGAUCGUUUAUGUCCCUGCGAUCGCGCUAUUGCUGGCCAAGGAACGUACGAAAAGCAAAACUGUAUCUAUGCGAGUAUCGCAGGAACUAUUCAACUUACAGCAGUCGAUCAAUCAUCAACCAAUCCAGAUAAAAAACCGACAAUAGCAGUCGUACGUCAAGACCGUUCACUUGCCGUACCUUCCGUUGGUUCAUUGGCGUAUUGUAAAGUAACAAAUGUUACAUCUCGAUUUGUACGUUGCUUAAUUUUUGCUAUCAAUAACCAACCAUUGAAAACACCGUGUCACGGACGAAUAACACGAGAAAAUAUUGAAAGCUUCAAUAAAGAUUCAAUUGUAUGUAGCACUAAGUUUCGACCCGACGAUAUUGUACUUGCACGGAUCAUAUCAUUGGGUGAUGCAAAUGCAUAUUUAUUAAGUACAGCAGAAGAAAAUCUUGGCGUUAUCGCAGCUCGUUCAAUGGCCGGUGAAAAACUUAUACCUUUCUCUGAUUGUCAAAUGACAUGUCCUAUAACGAAUACGCCUGAACCACGUAAAGUAGCAAAAAUUCAAUCAGAACUGACCGAUGAAGUGUCUAAGCUUGCUUGA